AUGGACGACUGGGAUACCGUCACGAAGAUCGGCAGCAAGGCUCGCGGCGCCGGUGGCGGCCCUCGCGAGACCGUUGUCAAGGGCAAGAGUGCCUUGAACGCCGCCCAGCGCUCUGGCCUGGUCCUCGGCACCGAGAAGAAGUACACCACUGGCAACCUCGCCGCUAAGUCCGGCGCCCCCGAAGGCCAACACCUGACCAAGGUGGACCGCAGUGACGACAUCAUUAAGCCCAAGACUGUCGGCUACGCCGUCGCCGACGCCAUCAAGAAGCGCCGCACCGAGGACGGCUACAAGAUGACCCAGAAGGAACUCGCCACCAAGUGCAACACCACGAUGACGAUCAUCCAGGACUUCGAGCGUGGCACCGCCGCCCCUGACCAGAAGGUCCUUAGCGCCAUGGAGCGCGUGCUUAACAUCAAGCUGCGUGGCACUGACAUCGGAGCCGAAAAAUUCGCCAAGAAGAAGUAG